AAUCUGCACACACUGUUGCACGUCUCGUACAUAAAAUUGUGAUUCAAUUUGUGGUAUUAUUAUUUCGCUGACACUCGAGCAUCGCUCGCCUUUUUUGCCCCAGCUGUGGAAGAAAGGAAUGCGCUCCGAUUAGAUAAAAAAAGUUAUACUUUCAAGAAGACGGUGAACAUUUUGGCGAGAGAAUCAACAUAAUCAGAGUUUCAACUACGAGAGCCUUGCAAACGCGUAUAUUGAACAUGGCACUCCCUUCGGUGUUGACUAAGCUUUUCAAGCACAUCGACUGCAACAAAGUCAAAUACAUCGAGAACCUGGCGCAAGCUGUGGCCAUCAAAUCUGUAUCGGCAUGGCCUGAAAGCCGAGGAGAAAUUGUCAAGAUGAUGCAUUGGGCCGAAAAUGAGUUCAAAAAACUGGGCGCCACUACUGAACUCGCUGAUCUGGGCACACAAAAGUUGGUCUCGGGCCGAGAACUGCCUCUUCCACCCGCUCUUUUGGGAACCCUUGGAAACGACCCCAAGAAGAAGACUGUACUCAUUUAUGGUCAUUUGGAUGUUCAGCCUGCCCUGAAAGAAGAUGGAUGGGACACUGAUCCAUUCGUUUUGACUGAAAAGGAUGACAAACUUUACGGAAGAGGCAGUACCGAUGAUAAAGGUCCUGUAUUGUGCUGGCUUCAUGCCUUACAAGCUUAUCAAGAUCUUGGAGAAGAAAUUCCUGUCAAUGUUAAAUUUAUAUUUGAGGGAAUGGAAGAAAGUGGCAGCGAGGGUUUAGAUGAAUUACUCUGGUCCCGUAAAGACUCUUUCCUCAAAGGAGUUGAUUAUGUUUGUAUAUCUGACAACUACUGGAUGGGAACAACUAAGCCUUGCAUUACUUAUGGCUUGAGAGGUGUUUGCUAUUUCCAAUUGAAAGUAUCUUGUGCCAAGAAAGAUCUUCACAGUGGAGUUUUUGGAGGAACUGUUCAUGAGGCUAUGUCUGAUUUAAUUUGGAUGAUGAAUACCCUUGUUGAUGUUAAUGGAAAAGUUCAAGUUGAAGGAAUAUAUGAUAAUGUAGCUAAAAUUACUCCAGAAGAAUUAAAAAUUUAUGACAAUAUUGAAUUUGAUGUUAAUGAAUAUAAAGGUAGCUGUGGUGCCACAAAAUUGCCUCAUAAUGAAGAUAAGGCUCAAUUACUGAUGCAUCGCUGGCGCAACCCUACUCUAUCUCUGCAUGGAAUUGAAGGUGCAUUUUAUGAACCUGGAGAAAAAACUGUGAUCCCUGGUACCGUCAUUGGUAAAUUUUCAUUGCGAAUCGUGCCAGAUAUGACUCCAGAAGAAGUUGAAAAGAAAGUCAAAGCAUACGUCGAAAAAAUGUGGAAACUUCGUGGUAGUCCAAAUAGCAUGACUAUUAACAUGAGCCAUGGUGGUAGAUGCUGGGUGUCAGAUCCAAAUCAUCCGCAUUAUGUAGCUGCUCGCAUAGCUACAAAACAUGUAUAUCAAGUGGAUCCUGAUCUCACUCGUGAUGGUGGAUCUAUUCCUGUAACAUUGACUUUCCAGGAAGUAACUGGAAAGAAUGUUCUCUUACUACCUGUUGGAAGUGGUGAUGAUGGUGCUCAUUCACAAAAUGAAAAAUUAAAUGUUCGCAAUUAUAUCGAGGGUACUAAACUUUUGGGGGCAUACCUGUAUGAGGUCUCACAGACAUAAAGUGAUCAUCUGUGGUCAACUAUACUUUAAAGUAAAGCAUUUAUGUAUUUUUAAAUGAGUCAUUAAGGUGAUCAAACAUUUAUUUAUCUAAUAAAUAAAUACAUAUGUUGUAA